AUGGGGCCUGGGAGCUGCCAUCUCUAUCUGGGCUUUCUGUUCCUGUUGCUACUCCCUGCAGAGUGCCGGGGAGCUGAAGGCAGGCUGGCUCACAAGCUGUUCCGGGACCUCUUCACCAACUACACAAGUGCCCUGAGACCUGUGGCAGACACAGACCAGACCCUGAAUGUGACCAUGGAGGUGACACUGUCCCAGAUCAUCGACAUGGAUGAACGGAACCAGGUGCUCACCCUGUACCUGUGGAUCCGGCAGGAGUGGUCUGAUGCCUACCUGCGAUGGGACCCGGAUGCCUAUGGUGGCCUAGACGCCAUCCGCAUCCCCAGCCGACUUGUGUGGCGACCAGACAUCGUACUCUACAACAAGGCGGACACGCAGCCGUCGGCGUCGGUCAGCACGAACGUGGUGGUGCGUCACGACGGCGCGGUGCGCUGGGACUCCCCGGCCAUCACGCGCAGCUCGUGCCGCGUGGACGUGUCGGCCUUCCCGUUCGACGCGCAGCGCUGUGGCCUGACGUUCGGCUCGUGGACGCAGGGCGGGCACCGGCUGGACGUGCGUCCGCGCGGCGCCUCGGCCGGCCUGGCGGACUUCGUGGAGAACGUCGAGUGGCGCGUGCUGGGCAUGCCGGCGCGCCGGCGCGUGCUGACGUACGGCUGCUGCUCCGAGCCCUACCCGGACGUCACCUUCACGCUGCUGCUGCGCCGCCGCGCCGCCGCCUACGUGUGCAACCUGCUGCUGCCCUGCGUGCUCAUCUCGCUGCUCGCGCCGCUCGCCUUCCACCUGCCCGCCGACUCGGGCGAGAAGGUGUCGCUGGGCGUCACCGUGCUGCUGGCGCUCACCGUCUUCCAGCUGAUCCUGGCCGAGAGCAUGCCGCCUGCCGAGAGCGUGCCGCUCAUAGGAAAGUACUAUAUGGCCACUAUGACCAUGGUCACAUUCUCCACAGCGCUCACCAUCCUUAUCAUGAACCUGCAUUACUGUGGUCCCAACGCCCGCCCAGUGCCAGCUUGGGCGCGGGCCCUCCUGCUGGGACACCUAGCAAAAGGCCUGUGUGUUCGGGAACGAGGAGAACCCUGUGGGCAUUCCCGGCCACCCAAGUUAUCCCCUAGUCCUGUGCCUCCUACUGUCACCCCAGCGGGCCCUUGCCACGAGCCUCGGUGUCUUUGCCACCAGGAAGCCCUCCUGCAUCAUGUAGCCACCAUUGCCAGCACCUUCCGAAGCCACAGAGCUGCCCAGCGCCGUCAUGAGGACUGGAAGCGCCUGGCCCGUGUGAUGGACCGUUUCUUCCUGGGCAUCUUCUUCUCCAUGGCCCUGGUCAUGAGCCUCCUGGUGCUGGUACAGGCCCUGUGAGAGGCUGGAGC